AUGGAUAGCGCGUCUCUUGUGCAGUUUGCGUCGUCCCUGCACAAACGUGGAGACAGUAUCUCAGGCAGCAGCACUUUUGGGAUGUACACCGUACCUGCCGAUGCUUUCUUGCAGAUGACAGAAGUCCUGAUGCACGAGGAGCUCGCAGACGCAGGUGUGUUUUCAGAGUUUGAUGAGAGCCUGGGAAAGGCAAUGUUCGUGUCGCACCAGUGGUUGAGUGACACCCAUCCUGAUCCAGACUUCCAGCAGCUGAAAGUUCUGCAAGAUACGCUGAGGAAUAUCGUUGCCGGAACCAGCUCAAUUUCUCAAGCUCUGUUCUCAGAAAUUGUGCGUGGUCGAAGAAAAGGCCCUACACCCGGCGACUUCACACCCGGCCAUCUCCAUAUUUGGUAUGACUACUUUAGCAUCCCACAAAGCCGCGGUGGCCGUGCAUCUCAUGGCCGUCAGACAGCCAUUCAAAGCAUCCCAACAUAUGUGGCAAGAUGCGAGUUCUUUGUCGUGCUAUGCCCGGCUUUGAAGCACAGAGAACAGAAGCGGACUUUGGGCUAUGCCACUUGGGGCGAAAGGGGGUGGUGUCGCACAGAGAGAGCUGCACGCGAACUCUCCACCCGCAAAGGUGGCUACGUCAUUAUUGUAGAGAGCGCCACACACCAGACGCUGCUUUGGGGAGGACUAAGCACGAGGCACGCACCUGGUGAAGGAGAGUUUACGCUGGACGUUGACCGAGUGUGGAUCGGCCGUGUUGUUACUCAGAUGGUUUGGUCCAAUCUCUUCUAUUACCUCGAGCAUCGACAGUUUCACAACUACCGAUUCCUUCUGAAUAUACAAGAGGCGCAGUAUUUCCGCGCUCUUGAUGUGGAACCCAUUGACGGCCUCGUUCCAGGAUUCCACACUGAGAUCGACCCGAGUGUUGACUGCAAGGGCUUCAUGCUGGAGCGUUUCCUGCAUCAGAACGGCCUCAGGAACAUCUUCGAGCGGGACGCUGCAGGGUGGCCGCCCAUUUGUUUUGCAGCGAUGAGCAACAACCUCGUGGUGCUGCAAGCGCUUCUUGACCGAAAGGUGGAUAUCAACCAGGCUACGACCAAGCCCGAAACAGAAGUCAAUUUUCCUGCCAAGCUGACGGCUCUGGGAAUAGCUUCCAUACUUCGCAACAAUGAAGCUGUCGAACUGCUUCUUUGUGCUAGAGCCCAAGUGAACUACAAGGACGGCUUUGGUGGCAAUGCUCUCCAUACCGCGUGUGCGGGGGACAAUCCACGCGGAGUACGUCUGCUCUGCCAUGCUCGUGCCAACGUGAAUCAGCAGUGCAUGCCAGGAGCGAGCCCUUUGGUGCUCUCGUGUACAUGCGGAAGUCGGCGUGCCAUGAAAGAGCUGCUCACUCUGAAUCCAGAUUUGAGUUUGAGACAUUGCCUACACUUCGCACUCAUGUUCGCUGGAGGGGGCUCUGCCGACUUGGUUUCCGUUUUGCUCCAGGCUCGGGCGAAUGUGAAUGAGCAGUUCCGAGUACAGAUCCAGGAGCCCGGGUGGUGGCUUCUGAUGAACAUCAUGGGCGUGAGGCAUCGGGUUAGCCCUUCCAGACUGACUCUUUUGGCUUAUCAUCAUUACGACGCUACGCCGCUGAUGUUCAGCAUUCUGAGUGGUUCUCUGGAUUCCGUGUCCUCGCUGCUCUCAGCCAGAGCUCGAGUAGACAUCCGGAACUACCGCAAGCAAACGGCAUGCGAACUGGCACGCCAGAUGCUCUUGCCAUCGUGGUUGAUCGAGGCCUGCUCUACUAAAGGCCACCAACACACCGAGACCCUUGCUGAGAGCGACACGUUCUUCAUCUGA